AAUCUUCCUAUUCCAGUCCGACAUAGAUGACGUGGUAGCAAUCCAGCUACAAAACCCAGCGGAUUGUUAUUCACAUGUUAGUUACGAGUUUGGUGGCGAGUGCAUUCUGUUUAAAAACCUAAGGACUUGGAAAUGAGUACGGCCGAGGUGGAAAACAACUCGUACCACGAUGUAUUUCAGAAGGCCCUGAGACAAGGGGACACCAGUGAAUUACAAAGGAUACUGCAGACUAAAAAAGGUUUUAAUGUGAAUUCGUACGACCACGAAGGUCAAACGCCGUUACAUCACAGCUGCUUGGAUGGUAAUCUAGAAUUGGUGAAACUGUUAGUGAAAUUUGGAGCGGAUGUCAGACUGGCUAACCGAGAUGGAUGGAGUGCUUUGCAUAUCGCCGCUUACGGUGGACAUCAGGACAUAGCUCUUUUUCUCAUUUCUAACACAGAGAGAUAGGAAUCUGCAAAGGAUUCUAGUUAACACGAAGUAGGUACGAUAUUCUAAAUUAUUCCUUGUCAGUGCCAUGUCCCAAAACAGCAGUAUUAAUUUUGUCAAUCUCGAUUGUGUGUGACUGUACAGCAACCCGACUUAACAUCGUCUACUACAUUUUUUUUAUUAUUUUUUGUACGCACAGAAUUUGUGUAACUUAUUAGCUAGCAUUGAAUAUCUCACGAUUUUUUUUUGGAUGAAUGUGAUACGUUUAAAUGUAAUAAAUAUUAUGUACAGAAA